AUGGCUGCACAGGCUAUUCGGCACCUUUUGCUCGUCUCGACGAGAUGGAUUGUUCAAGUAGGUAUUCGUGCUCUGGGCUGUGACAAACAGAAGAUUAACUCUACUUCAACCCACAUUGCCAGCCAAUCCGGAGCUUCUGCGUUGGCAGAGGACUUGAUAUCGAUUUCAAUGUCUUCGGAAUACGCGACUUCCAUAAGUCAAGCCUCUACUUCGACCCCCGUCACCAGCCAAUCCGGAACUUCCACGUCGUUGUCUAUUUCUCGAGUUUCUGUCGCAGCUAUCCUUGAAAUAGUCGCAUCACCUCUUGGCGCCUACAAUGUUGACUCCGCUGCGGUCUCCGUGUCUGGCCUAUCUAGCGGCGGCUUCAUGUCCGCACAGCUCGGCGUGGCAUAUUCGAACGUCUUUCAGGUCGACUUCGGUGUUUUUGCGGGCGGGCCUUUUGAUUGUGCUCGUAAUCAGGCUUAUACAACCUGCAUGUACAAUCAAAGUCCCUCUAUCACAACACCGACUGCAAACAUGAAGUCAUGGAGCGGCAAUGAGAUUGCCACGACGAGCAACCUGGCAAAUCGCAAGAUCUACCUCUGGGAAGGGUCCGCAGACACCACUGUGGGCCCUAACGUGAUGAAUGCGUUGCAUAGCCAGCUCAGCAAUUUCGACACUUCGGCUGAUGUGUCGUACGUGACGACAAGCGGUGCUGUGCACACUUUCCCCACUGACUUCGACGGCUCAGGCGACAACUCUUGCAGUAUGUCUACUUCGCCCUAUAUCAGUAACUGCAACUACGAUGGUGCUGGAGCGGGUUUACAGUGGAUUUAUGGCUCUUUGAAUACUAGGAACACCGGUACCCUCACCGGGAGCGUUGUUUCUUUUGCCCAAACGGGCGAAUACGUGCCGCUGGCAUGGACACGACCGGUUAUCUUUACGUUCCAGUGGCUCCACGGCCUGCAAGCUAAUACAGGUUACAACAUAUGGGCAGAUACUAAUAAUAUCAUCAUUCUAUACCCUCAAGCAAUCCCGGACAACACUAUGCACAGCAUCUGGGGAGGUAGUGAGCUAAGCAACCCGAAUGGCUGCUGGGAUUGGGUGGGUUGGUAUGGGGCCAAUGCUGACCAGAUAGGAGGCGUUCAAAUGGUGGCCAUUGCCAACCAGGUGGCUCAAGUCAUGAGCGGUAACACCGGCGGGGGUACCUCUCCCGGAGGGGGAGUACUACCACGUUGA